GUCAAACGCUCUUAUUUUAUUAUGGCUGUUACUUCGAACCGAGAACGCUAAAUAAAAUAAAACAAAAAAGAUAGAUUUUCUAUGCACGUGCCGCAAAGAACGUCACUACAAAAAGGAAUAAAGGAAAAUAUUUCGGUUGUCGGGGUGCCCCCUUGUUGUUGAAUUUUACUUAAAAUCUUGUAAAAGGACCAAAUUUCUGCAAUCAUGACUGCUAAGGUACCUCCUCUUACCUACAAAGUCGUUGCUGAGUGUUCUGUGACGAAAGCACGAUCUGGCCUGAUGACGCUACGCCAUGGAGAAGUUAAUACGCCAGUUUUCAUGCCAGUGGGCACCCAAGGCACGCUGAAAGGUCUGCUACCGGAUCAGCUUAUUGAGCUUAACUGCCAGAUACUUCUGGGAAACACCUACCAUUUAGGCAUGCGACCUGGCGUUGAAACGUUAAAAAAAGCCGGAGGAUUGCAUAAAUUUAUGGGAUGGCCGAGAGGUAUUCUCACUGAUUCGGGAGGCUUUCAAAUGGUUUCUUUACUCAAAUUGGCAAAAAUAGACGAAAAUGGCGUAAACUUUUGUUCACCCUUUGAUAACAGUGAGUGUAUGCUAACACCCGAACACUCAAUACAGAUUCAGAACACUAUUGGUGCCGAUAUAAUGAUGCAGUUGGAUGAUGUAGUGAAGACAACUACGGUUGGACCACGCGUUGAAGAGGCUAUGCAUCGUACUAUUCGUUGGUUGGAUCGAUGUAUAUCUGCACAUUCGCGUGACGAUGAUCAAAGCCUAUUUCCCAUCGUGCAGGGUGCAUUGGAUGCUGAUUUGCGUAGACAGUGUGCUGACGAACUUAUAAAGAGAGAUGUUCGCGGCUACGCUGUUGGUGGUCUUAGUGGCGGAGAAAGCAAGCAUGAGUUUUGGCGUACAGUUAACGUCUGCACAGAUUUAUUACCUAAGGACAAGCCAAGAUACUUAAUGGGCGUAGGGUUUGCAGCUGACUUGGUGGUAUGUGUUGCACUCGGUAUUGAUAUGUUUGACUGCGUUUUUCCUACUAGAACGGCGCGUUUCGGCUGUGCACUAGUAAAUGCAGGACAACUUAAUUUAAAAAAUAAAAAGUAUGAACACGAUAUGCGUCCCAUAGACGAACAGUGUGAAUGCAGCACAUGUCGUCGAUAUACACGUUCAUACCUACAUCAUAUUGCCGCCAUCGAAUCGGUUUCAUGUAGUUUGUUAAGUAUACAUAACGUGGCAUAUCAAUUGAGGUUGAUGAGGCAUAUGAGAGACGCAAUAGAACGUGAUCAAUUUCCGCAAUUUAUCUGUGAUUUUAUGGCUAUACACUUUGAUGGCGAACCAGUUCCGCUUUGGAUAACGGAAGCUUUACAAGCGGUCAAUGUGGAAUUGCCGCCGAAGGAACAAAAAACAACUCAACCAGAGGCCUAACAGUAUUUAAGAUUUAUUAUUCGAUUAAAUAGUUUAUAGAAAAAAUAUAUAUUGAAAUAGAUGCAGCAAACAAGUACAACAGAUAGAAG